GAAAAUGUGGAGGCUUAAGAUAGGGGAAGGUGGCAAUGAUCCCUACCUUUACAGUACCAACAAUUUUCUGGGAAGACAAACGUGGGAGUUCGAUCCAAGUGCAGGUACAGCUGAAGAACGAGCUGAGGUUGAAGAAGCUCGUCUUAACUUCUACAACAAUCGGUACAAUGUUCAGCCCAGUUCUGAUCUCCUCUGGCAAAUGCAGUUUCUAAGAGAGAAGAAGACGCAACAAACCAUUCCCCAACCAAAGAUAGAGGAUGGUGAAGAAGUGACAUAUGAAGUUACAACUGCAGCAGUGAAGAGAAGUGUCCACUUGUUUUCAGCACUACAAUCAAGACAUGGCCAUUGGCCAGCUGAAAAUUCUGGCCCCAUGUAUUAUAUUCCUCCUUUGGUCAUGUCUCUCUAUAUCACAGGACAUCUCAAUACUAUAUUCUCUAGAGAGCAUCGCAAAGAAAUUCUCCGUUAUAUUUACUGCCACCAGAACGAGGAUGGAGGAUGGGGAUUAUCCAUAGGGGUUCACAGUACAAUGUUUUGCACAACUCUCAAUUACAUUUGUAUGCGUUUAUUGGGAGUAGGACCUGAUGGUGGCCUUAACAAUGCUUGCGAGAGAGCUCGAAAGUGGAUUCUCGAUCGUGGGGCUGUCACUACCAUUUCCUCUUGGGGCAAGACUUGGCUUUCAAUAUUGGGUGUUUAUGAAUGGUCAGGCUGCCACCCAAUGCCUCCAGAGUUUUGGCUCUUUCCUUCUUAUUUUCCCAUUAAUCCAGCAAAGAUGCUUUGUUAUUGCCGAUUAACUUACCUGCCAAUGUCAUAUUUGUACGGAAGAAAAUUCGUGGGUCCAAUCACACCUCUGAUUUUACAGUUAAGACAAGAACUCCACACUGAACCAUAUGAUGAAAUCGAUUGGAGCAAAAAGAGGCAUUUAUGUGCAAAGGAAGAUCUCCACUAUCCUCAUACAUUGCUUCAAAUAUUGCUUUGGGAUAGUCUCUACUUAUUUUCAGAGCCUCUCCUUAAUCGUUGGCCGUUUAAUAAAUUGAGAAAAAAAGCUCUUAAAGUAGCAAUGGAUCUCAUUCACUAUGAAGAUGAAAACAGUCGCUAUAUUACCAUUGGAUGUGUGGAAAAGCCUCUAUGUAUGCUUGCUUGCUGGGUUGAAGAUCCAAAUGGAAUUUAUUUUAAGAAGCAUCUUGCCAGGGUUGUUGACUGUUUGUGGGUUGGAGAAGAUGGAAUGAAGCUGCAGGGUGUUGCAAGUCAAAGUUGGGAUGCUAGUCUCCUUCUCCAAGCUUUGCUUGCUACCAAUUUAUAUGAUGAAAUUGGACCAACUCUGAUGAAGGGGCAUAAUUUCUUAAAGAACUCACAGGUUAGGGAUAAUCCUCCAGGAGACUUUAAAAGAAUGUUUAGACACAUUUCUAAAGGAUCAUGGACAUUCGCUGAUCAAGACCAUGGAUGGCAAGUUUCUGAUUGUACUGCAGAAAGUUUGAAGUGUUGUGUAAAUUUUGCAAUGAUGGCACCAGAAAUGGUUGGUGAGAAAAUGGAAGAAGAGCAAUUUUAUGAUGCUGUCAAUGUUCUUUUAUCCUUACAGAGUAAAAAUGGUGGUUAUCCAGCUUGGGAACCAGCAGGAGGUGCAUUCUGGUGGGAGUGGUUGAAUCCAAUUGAGUUUCUUGAGGAUCUGACCAAAGAAUAUGAGCAUGUAGAGUGCACUUCAUCAUCAAUCCAGGCACUAGCUAUUUUCAAGAAACUAUACCCAGGGCAUAGAAAAAUAGAGAUUGAAAAUUGCAUCAGAAAAGCUGCAAAGUUCAUUGAAGAUGUACAAUACCCUGAUGGUUCUUGGUAUGGAAGUUGGGGAAUUUGCUUCUUUUAUGGGACAUGGUUUGCACUAUCAGGUCUUAAGGCUGCAGGAAAGAACUUCAAAAAUUGCUUGGCUAUUAGGAAAGGAGUUGAGUUUUUGCUUAAAACCCAAAGAGAAGACGGUGGUUGGGGGGAGAGCUAUCUUUCUUGUCCUACAAGGGUAUAUACGCCCAUCGAAGGAAAAGAAUCGAAUUUGGUAAAUACUGCACAGGCUUUGAUGGGUUUAAUUAUUGGCGGCCAGGCUGAGAGGGAUCCUACACCUUUGCAUCGAGCUGCAAAAUUGUUGAUAAAUUCUCAGUUGCCAAACGGUGAUUUUCCCCAGCAGGGACUGACUGCAGUUUUCAUGAGGAACUGUAUGCUACACUUUGCAUUAUAUAGGAGUAUUUUCCCUCUGUGGGCUCUGGCUGAGUAUCGCAAUCAUGUUUGGCCUUCCAAAUAUGUAUGCUUUUGCAUAAUCAAAAAUGAUCUAUUGGAGGAUUAUAUAUAAUAAACUCAUGUCUCUCUAUAUUAUAGUUGCAUAACUUUUGCCAUUGGGCAUCAAUGAAUAACUUUUGAUCCA